CCCCACGUUUCACCGCCAACAAAAGGCAUAAGCACGCGGGCUGGGGUCUCCUACGCCACUCUAUAUAAAGUGGACGCCACACCACUUCGAUUACCUAACACUAGGUUUCAAAAAAUCGCAGCAGGGCCAAACCCUACCCAACCGUGAGAAUCUGUUCCAGUUUUAUCAACUCUAGAAAAUUGGUUAUGGCUUCGAAGAGGAUUCAAAAGGAAUUAAGGGACCUGGAGAGGGAUCCGCCGGCCUCUUGCAGUGCUGGCCCUGCUGGGACGGAAAUGUUUCACUGGCAAGCAACAAUCAUGGGUCCAGGAGAGAGCCCCUUUGCAGGUGGUGUAUUCCUCAUUGAUAUCCACUUCCCACCAGAUUACCCAUUCAAACCACCAAAGGUUUCUUUUAAAACAAAAGUGUUUCAUCCUAACAUUAACAGCAACGGUAGCAUUUGCCUUGACAUUCUCAAAGAACAGUGGAGCCCAGCCCUUACGGUAUCAAAGGUGCUACUAUCUAUAUGUUCGUUGCUUACAGAUCCGAACCCUGAUGAUCCUCUUGUUCCUGAGAUUGCCCAUAUGUACAAGAAUGACAGAACCAAGUACGAGAUGACUGCUCGAUCCUGGACUCAGAAGUAUGCCAUGGGAUAAAGGUCUUGACGCGUUCGAAUCAUGCAAGUGACUAGUGAGUCUUGGUUGAAGGUAGCCGCUGUAGCCGCACUCUGCCUUUAAACAUGUCCUGUCCUAUGUAUUAGUAAAUAAAUUAGACAAAAAAGACAAAUCACCCAGGAGAUAUAUAUUCCGAUACUCUCCCUGGUGUUAAGUAUUUAACGCAUGGUUUCUCAUUCGCCCCUGUUGUCUUAUCAAUGGUAAUAUUGGAGUCAAGUAUUUACACA